UGUCCUCACACCCUCAAGUUUUGCUCUAGGUGGAAAGGAGUCCACCUUUAACUGGCCGUGAAUUCAGCAGCAGGCAUGGACCAGUACCGCUUCGGCAAUGAGAAUGCUGUUCAUUUGGAGAUGCAUCUCCCUGGAUUUUCUGAAAGCCAGGGGCUGGUCUGUAGCGAGGCUCUCAACCAUGAUUUGUGCCUAAAUGCAAAAGACAUGACGUAUGUGGGGCUGAGCGGCUUGGACGUGGUGCCUGACCUUCCGGCCAUGGAUGCGGCCAGCCACAUUCUGGAGGCCAACUUGAACGUGCUCUCUCUGUAUCCGGUGAAGGACUGCGCCUCUGUUCAGCUCCUCGAUGAGGCCCACUCGCAGCCCUUGCAGCACGAGCCGGGGCUUCCCACGCUGACGGCACCAGAGGAGCCUGGAGGAGGAGGCAGACCUGCAAGGAGAGGAAAGCGUCCCCUCGGCUCUCCUCAGACCUCGCUGCCGGGCUGCAGCCACUGCGGGAAGGUGUUCAGCAGUGCCAGCGCUCUCAGCAAACACUGCCUGACUCACAGCCAGAAACGGGAACACGUCUGUACCAUCUGCAGCAAAGCCUUUAAACGGCCGGACCACCUGAGCGGGCACAUGUUGACGCAUCAGAAAAUAAAACCUUUUGUGUGCUUGGAACGAGACUGCAAUAAGAGUUACUGUGAUCACCGUUCGCUGCGCCGGCAUUACCAACUGCAGCACAGCUUGUGCGGCUUGAAGCAGCCUCCUAAGGAGGGUGCCAGGGAGCAAUCCCCACUUCUUCCCAGUCCGUAUAUCCAAGGCAGCGGGAAAUCGGUGGAUGGACUGACUGCACGCUCCGAGUCAGGCUCUUUCCCACCCAAAAGAGACCUGCUGAGGUGUGCUGUCAACAGCUUUGCAAAUCAGAAGCUUCCCUUGGCUGCCUUGCCCUCUGCAGAGCACGCGGUUGCUGCCUUCCCAGAUUCCUCCCCAGCCAGCCAGGCCUCUUGCCUUGCAUCUAACAGCAGUGGAUAUUCGGAGGCUGCGGGUGACAAUAUAUCGAAGGAUCGCCUCUCGUGCCAACAGAGUGCCGCUUCUUCCAACAUCUGUGCCGUAAUAAAUCCUGGCAACGUCUCCAUGAUUGCGCCGGGCAAGAAUGUAGUUACCAAUCUGACCAGUAGGUCUUUUAUUUCAGAAGCCCAGCUCCCCUCAGAGCCUGCGGGGCUGCAGUGUUGUCCCAGCAGCACCCUGCCUUGUUUUCCUGUGUUCAGAGGGCAGAAGCUGCCUGCAAACCAGUUGAGCAGUAACUUUCAGUGGAUAAGAAACGUGCCGGUUUGCGCUGAACCCAAAAGGAAUAACAUCUGCCUCGCUCGCAAGUCACCUGUUGCAGUGCAGGGUAUUUCAGAGGAGUUAGCUGGACCUUCCUGCACGUUCUCAGCUGCGUACGAGUGUUCGGAUGCUUUGUCUUUCCCCAUUGCGCCUUUUAAAGCUGAAGAGGAUGUGCCGAGCAAGUCAGCCCUCCCUUGUUUUGAGGAAGCCUUUCAGUUGGCGAAAACCCACAACUCCCACCCGUGGGAGAAUGCCAGGGAGUUGAGUUUUCCAGAGGUUCAGAAGUGCAGCGCUCUGCAGAGCAAGACCGGACAGCUCUUCUCGAAAGCCCAGGAACCUGCUGCGUGCCCAGAGCCACUGCAGGUGCAGCAGCACUUCUUUCAGGUGACCCCCAAGUCUCAGCAGGUCCUGUCUCGCCCUCCUGAGGCUGAGCACUCGGCAGCAAACCCCCUCCAAGCCGGGUUUCGGCAGCAGCCGCCCGUCUUGGCUCCCCAGCUUCCGCAGCCGAUGGAGUACGAGGGGCCUUCCACGUACCUCCAAAAGGCCAUCCCCCAGUUCCAGGGCAUUUUGUCAGGCGGGGAGAAACAAGGACUGCAGCCAGCACCCUUGAAAGAAUAUGUGGGAUUAAGAGACUCGUCUGUUCCUAGUCAGCCCCAGUAUGUGGUGCCUGGAAGCACGGCAGGAAGCCACUCUUCUGGGAGGUCGAAUCAGCUAGAAAACAAGGCUUCUGCACUUAAAGAGAAGAGUAAAGAUGGUAGCGCAGAGACAGGUGGGAAGCCGCCAGUGGGUGCUGCCUGGUCUUGGCGUCUGCCUGCCAUCCGCAGAGAGAAGCUGACAUCGGGGCUGAGCGGCGCAGCUCCUCCGAGUCAGGUGGCCAUGGCGUCCUUCUCUUCGGCUCCUGCGGCCAGUGGGACGCGCCGGCUGACCAUUUUCAACAGGAUUCAAGGUGGAAAUAUUUACAGACUCGCUAACGCAGCAAAGGAAGAAAACUUGCCAGCUGGGUGCAAUAAGACCGGUGCUGCUCCUGCUGACGGCAGCAGCUGCGAAAGUGGCUUUCUCCACAAGAACUGCGGUCAGCUGUUCCAUACUGAGAAUGGUCUGGAGAGCCAUAGGUGUUUUCAUAGUGAACAAUGGCAUUUACCACAAAGGAAGGAAGAACAGCAGGUGUGUGAUGCGGGAGACGUAAAUGCUCAGAAACUGUCACUCGAGGCAGCAGGAGAUGGAAACUGUCCCUCAAAACCUGAGAUGCCUUUAGAGGACCUAACAGUGGCUCCUCUGGUGAUUCCUGUCUCUGUACCAGUGAUGGCUGUGAACUUGCAAGCAGGGAACAAGGUGGGUGGUGACUGCAUUCCUCAAUCUGCACACAAGUUUUGGAAUUUGGUGUUCAUUAUGGUGCUCAGAAUAAUAAGUCAUGACACAGACAGUCUAGAGGAAAACCAGAUAAAAAUCCUAUGCAACUUCAAACUUUCUUCUAUAUGUUUUUCAUGUGCCUUGAACUUGUUCCCCUUCUCUUCUGUGAUAAACAGGGAUUUGAUGGUUUGUUUGGAAUUGUUUGUCCAGGUUACUGAAAAGGAAAGCCCAGAUGGGAAGGACCUCAAGGAAAGCUUGCACCAGAAAAAGAGAAAGAGGCAAAUGCGGCCAAAAUCGCUUUUUAUCCCACCUCUGCCAGUCCCUGAAGACCAGCCGGGGGUGGGAGGGUGUUACCAGAGUAACCUUCGUUCACCCGUGUUCCUGGUGGAUCAUCUCCUGAGAGACUUGUUCCAGUCCUCUCCUUACACGCCGCCUCCGAUGCUCAGCCCCAUGCGGGAAGGAUCAGGCCUCUAUUUCAGCACUUGCUGCUCUUCCUCUGCUAGCGGUGAUCCCAACCAGCUGUUCAGUGCUGGUUUAGGCAGAAUGGACAGGGACUUUGGAUUUUGUCUGAUGAAGGACAACACAAAAAUCAGCAUUCAGCCACGCAUCAACGUUGGAAGUCAAUUUCAGGCAGAGGUGCCAAACCUCCGCGAUAGAUCGGAUUUGGAAGAGAAUGAAGAGGCAGCAUCGUUGGUGUGGAAGCCCUGGGGAGACAUCGCAACUAACCUGGAAACACAGGACAGAGUAACAGAACUGCUCAACUUGGCCUGCUCCAGUGUCAUGCCGGGGGGAGGAACGAACCUAGAGCUAGCCUUGCAUUGCCUGCAUGAAGCACAAGGCAACGUUAUGGAGGCUCUGGAGAUGCUGCUUUCGGGUGGGCCUCAGAAAUCUGAAUCCCAUCCUCUGGCUAAUUAUCAUUACACAGGUUCAGAUACUUGGACACCUCUUGAGAAGGAGUUGUUUAAAAAGGCUUUUUCUGUACACAAGAAGGAUUUUCACCUGAUACAGAAGAAGAUUCAGAGUAAGAGUGUGUCCCAGUGUGUUGAAUAUUACUACACCUGGAAAAAAAAAAUUGCAUUUGGCCGCAAUCGAGCUCAAGUAAUAGGAAAAAGGGUCAAGAGAGUCAAGGAUGAGAUGGAAGAGACUGAAAAAAAGGUUGUUGGCAGCCCAAAGAAGAGGCGCCGUUCUCUGCCUAAGGAAAGCACGAAGAUAAAGCAGAAGAGUUAUAAAAGGAUGCCCCGCAGCAGAGGCAGUCCAUCCUGCGGUCUGAAUGAGUCUCCACACCAGGCUGGAAGUGCAGACCAGCAGGGUGUAUUUCCGUGCAAAGUGUGCAAAAGGGUGUUUGACAAGGUAAAAGGUAGGAACGCUCAUAUGAAAAGCCAUCGCGCACAGAAGCAGGUAGAGCCUGUCCUGGGGAUUAAAUGGCCCUCGAAGCAUUUUAAAAUCCGAAUGCAAAUGUUUCCUUCGUUCUGCUACCGCAAAAUACAAGGAACCGGCUUUUGCCGUCCGGUUCCCGUUCGGACAUCCCCCAAUGUGCUGUCCCAGGCGACGUUAGCUCCGCAGAGCCCCAGCGUCCUCCGGGCCACGCUCCGCUCGCGGGUAUUGGAAAACAGCGCGCUGUGGUCGAGGAACGUGGUAUUUGUGGGUGUUGGCACGACCGUGUCUUGUAUCCAUGUGGGAUAA